AUGUCCUACCGGCCAGGUGGGAAGUGGAGAGCGCGUGGUGCGCGGUGCGGGGGGAUGCCCGUGCGCAAGGGGCUGCUCGCGCCCCAGAACACCUUCCUCGAUACUAUCGCCACACGCUUCGAUGGCACACACAGCAACUUCGUCUUGGGCAAUGCGCAAGUGCCGUCAUACCCGAUUGUGUAUUGUUCGGAUGGAUUCUGCGAGCUGACAGGAUGGGCGCGCGCGCAUAUCAUGCAAAAGGGCUGCGCGUGUAAAUUCCUACAUGGACCAGACACAAGAGAUGAACAUCGGCAAGAGAUCGAUUCGGCGCUUGAAUCCAAACAUGAACUUAAACUGGAGCUCAUAUUUUAUAAGAAAAGCGGCUCUCCAUUUUGGUGUUUGCUCGACAUCGUUCCAAUUAAAAAUGAGAAACGAGAAGUGGUUUUAUUCCUCGCCUCCUUCAAGGAUAUCACCAACACCAAGAUGGCCGCCAUGAACACUAAUGAGAACUUUGACAGCGGAGCCGCGGUGCGGCCUUCGGCUGGCGUGGUCACUCUAGCGUUAUCCCCAUUUGUACCCGCAGCGGCACUCUUGGGCGCCCGGUUCCGCGCUGAAUCUAGUUGCCUACUUCCAGACCCGAAUGGCAAUCUUGAUCCUGAAGCGCCGUCGCCCGCUAACAUGGGCAGGCGACGUUCUAGGGCGGUACUAUACCAGCUUUCAGGACACUAUAAACCAGAUAAAAUGAAGACUAAACUAAAACUCAACAAUGUUAGUAAGAAUCUUUUGCACUCAUCAGACCCUCCGCUGCCCGAGUACAAAACAUCGGCGCUCAAAAGGUCGAGAUUAAUAAUAUCACACUAUGGAGUAUUUAAGACAUUUUGGGACUGGCUUAUCCUUAUAGCUACAUUCUACGUGGCUGUGGUGGUACCCUAUAACGCUAGUUUCGUAGACCCAGGACAUCCUAGAAUAAGCGUUACUAGUGACGUCGUUGUGGAAGCGCUCUUCAUAAUCGAUAUAGUGCUUAAUUUCCGAACAACAUUCGUAAGUAAGAAAGGUGAAGUAGUGUCUGAUUCUAAGGCCAUAGCCCUUAAUUACAUCCGGAGUUGGUUUGUGGUGGAUCUGCUGGCUGCACUCCCGUUUGACCUACUUUACGCAUCUGACGUAUAUAGCGGAGCGGAGUCGACGCAUGGCAACGUCCAUUUGGUAAAAUUAACAAGACUGCUGCGACUCGCCCGGCUGUUGCAGAAAAUGGAUCGAUACUCACAGUACUCGGCUUUGAUACUGACGCUGUUAAUGCUCUCUUUCACUUUACUCGCCCAUUGGCUGGCUUGCAUUUGGUUUAUUAUAGCUGACAAAGAAAUCGAAAUCCAUAAAGACGAAGUCUGGGAUUUAGGAUGGAUAAACGCCUUGGCGGAAAGGCUAAAGGUACCCAUACCGAAUAUAUCGCAUAGUGAGAGCUAUGUGACAGCGCUAUAUUUCACCUGUUCCUCGCUAACAAGCGUCGGCUUCGGCAACGUUUCUGCCAAUACCUUGGCCGAAAAAAUAUUUAGUAUUAUCACUAUGCUGAUUGGAGCACUCAUGCACGCUGUGGUUUUUGGUAAUGUAACCGCAAUAAUUCAACGGAUGUACUCCCGACGGUCUAUGUAUCAGAGCAAGUGGCGUGAUCUGAAAGACUUCCUGUCGAUAAACCAAGUCCCAAAAGAGUUGAAGCAGCGUAUGGAAGAUUACUUCCAAACUAUGUGGUCUUUAAACCACGGUAUUGACAUACACGAGACGCUGAAAGAAUUUCCUGAGGAGUUAAGAGGCGACGUGUCACUACAUCUGCACCGUGAGAUAUUAUCCCUUCCUAUAUUUGAAUCGGCAUCUCAGGGAUGCCUGAAACUUCUAUCCUUACAUAUCCGGAACAAUUUCUGCGCCCCUGGCGAGUAUCUCGUCCACAAAGGGGAUGCCCUGACAUACGUUUACUAUAUAUGCAAUGGAUCAAUGGAAGUGAUGCAAAAUGAGAUGGUUGUUGCUAUAUUAGGUAAGGGAGAUUUGGUGGGUUGCGACAUGAAUACGCAUUUACAAGCUUACAAUGGCUCGGGAACGGGUCAGAGUAAUAAUCCAGAUGUAGUCGUCAAAUCCAGCAGCGAUGUUAAGGCUCUUACGUAUUGUGACUUAAAAUGUAUACACAUGGGCGGUUUGGCUGAAGCCUUGCGAUUGUACCCUGAGUACCAGCAAGAAUUCAUUCACGAUAUCCAACAUGAUCUAACUUACAACUUACGAGAAGGGUACGAGGCAGAACAAGAAUCUGAUGGGAACGGUCACCCCUCACUCACACUGCCAUCGAUAUCUGAAGAUGAUGAGAAUGCUGCAGAAGAUACAGCACUCUCUCCAAAGAAAACGCCAACGUCCAACACAAGUAGUCCACGUCAUGCAAAAUUCAGACUGGAAGGACAACGGCUUACACACCGAGAAUUACGUGAAAGAAUAGAAAGGCAACGCUCCGUAGCAACGCCUAAACUUAGUCGAACCGACUCCUUGGAAGGUCUAAAUUUAGAAGUGCACAAUACAAGAUCGUCGGUCGAUAGACUUGACACCCAAGUAUCAAGUUUGCAUCAUGAUGUAGCGGCGCUCAGUAUGGAGGUGCGUAACGCUAUACAAGCCUUACAAGAGAUGACAGGUCCUCCGCAAUGGCACGCAGCACAUUCCAAUCCAAAUCUACAAUGGAACACUCCACCAAAUCAGCUAGCUCGAAGCUGUAGCCAUCCUCCUGACGUAUUCUGCUGGGAUCAGGACAGACCACAGACACCGGAACGACCUAAAGUACACAGGAGUACACAAACUGAGCCAUUCCUACAUAGCGUUACGCAGUACAUCAUGGAACAUCCAGCAACUGUGAUGCUUCUCUUAGGCAUUGAUCCUAUGGCAAACCUCGGUCCUGUGAUUGCACCUACUGUCGAUUAUUAUGCAGAUACUCGCGGUAGGCGACCUAGCACACUUGAGCAAAUUGUAGAAUCUGAGCCAGGAAGUCAAACACCAUCGAGUACGACAAGCGAAAAGUUCGAACCGACAAAAAGCCCCAGCGACAGCACUAAAGACCUCGAGGUUCAUAUCGAUAUACCUUCGCCAGAGAAAGAGAACAAAAAUACACAUGCAAUUUUAAAACGCAAUCGCUAUUCAACGAGCGACUUGUGUGAAGAAUCUGAACGGUUGCUUGCGACAAAGUCAGCUCAUCCGAGCACACGCAGCCUGAAGUUUAACAUCAACAGUUAA